AUGGGCGAUUUUCCGGCCAAGGUUGACGGAGGGAUGGCCGGGAUAAGGGAGAGAAUGAUGACGGAAGGCGAGCUGCGCGCCGAGUUCGAGACGGGGGGGAAUCGGCGGAAGGGGGUAGAAAGGCCGCGAGAGAGGGAAGGGGGGAGGGAGGGGGAAAGGAGGAGCAAGGGGGAAUGGAGCAAGGAGGGAGUUUGGAGGGAGGUGCGACAGGGGAGGGAGGUGCGACAGGGGAGGGAGGUGCGACAGGGGAGGGAGGUGCGACAGGGGAGGGAGGUGCGACAGGGGAGGGAGGUGCGACAGGGGAGGGAGGUGCGACAGGGGAGGGAGGGGACAAGGAGGAGGGAGGCGAAAAGGGUGGAAAGUGAUUCGCGGAAGAGCAGGGAAGGGCGGAGGGAGCGUGCGGGGAGAGAGAGGCAUGCUGGCGAAGGAAGCGAUGCAGUGGGGUGCGGAGGGGUGGAGGAGGAUAAGGCGAGUGGUGGAGGGAUGGAUGGGGAGAGAGCAGAUGCUGUAAGAACCAGCGACAGGGAUGGCGGGUGUGGCAGGGGCGCAGGGUGGGCGCUGGGCCCACAGCAGGCGGGGCAGCGCAAAAAGAGGGUGAAAGCAGUGGCAGUGGCAGUGGCGGCAGGGGAAGGUGCAUGUGAGAGGGACCGCAAGUAUGAGCCUGGUGGGGGAAGGGGUAGGGGUGGGGCGGUGGAGUGUGCGGUGUGUGCGAGUGUGGGGAACGAUGAGGUUGGAGGGGCGAUGGCAGGAGAUGAAAAGGUGGGCAAGAGUGACUCGCCCGUGAUUCUGAUGCCUCUGUUGCCCGUGCUGCCCGUGCUGCCCGUGCUGCCCGUGCUGCCCGUGCCAUCUGUGCUGCCUGUGCUGCCAGCAGUGCCAGUGAGUGCGGGCAGGAGCACAGAGGGCGGAGGGGUCUGCCAGAGUGCAGCACAGUUCUUUGCAAGCCGUGGGGCCGGCAGCAGGGCUUGUGGGAGGGGCGCUGGCGCAUGUGAGCGUGCUACGGGAGGGGAAGACCUGGAGAGUGGUGCUGGCAGGGAAGGCUUGGAGUGUGGUGCUGGCAGGGAAAGGUGUGAAUGUGGUGCGUGCAGCACGGCAUGUGAAGGUGCCCGCCCUGCUGUGUGCUCCGCUGUUGACAGUCACGGGUUAAGUCAAGGGAUCGACGCGGGGCAAUGGCGAGAUGGGGACGAUGACCGAGACCAGACCAUCUGUCGGACAAAUGGAAAAGGAGGGACAGGAGGAGGGGGGGGAAGGGGAAAGGCAACAAUGGCGUGGGACAGGUGUGCUGCUGCGACUGUGCGCCUUGCUUCUGCAUCAACUGCCGUCAUUCCCGCUCCUGCGGUGGCCCGAAUCACUCCACCACCUCCCGUUUCUCCUCCCCAUGCCACAAACUCACUCCUCCACCCGUGUUUCCUCCAAAGCUCAGAGGUGCAAUUUGUGGCGGUCAGAGAAGCGAUGGGGUGCAGUGAAAGGGCUGGGAGGGAUGGGAGGGAUGUACCGGGGUUGACAAGAGGGGACGCUGAGAGCAGCAGGGCACACGGAGGCUGCACACAGGGAUCAACAGGCGGCCAGCCAUGGCAGUGUGUUGAGAGCCGGUCUCGCUCCGCCACCCCUGAGCCGUUUCCUCGUGUGAUCUGGACCUCUGUGUGGACAGGUGUCUCAAUAUGA